AUGACAAACAAGAAGAAGAGACACGAGCAUCCGCAAGCUACGAAGGUUAGCGAAGAGUAUCUUAAUUUUGUACAGUCGGAAGCUAGUAACUUAGUCGAUAGCAUAUUGGAGCAGAGUGUAUCGAUCGUCAACAACUCCCAAAUGCAGCCGGACGUUGCGAUCGAAAUGCAGGCUCACUCGGAAAGCGAACAGUACGCGAUCCGUAGCGAUAUCCUAUCGUCUAAUGAAGCCGAUCUUGUCGUUAAGUCGCCCACCAUAGAGUCUAUGUCAGGCAAGUCUUUCGAUGAUAACAUUAGCAAUCCCGACUAUGACAGUAGCGAAGCCAACCACCAGCAACUAGCGAAUCUAGCUGGUGGUCUGCCCCCAUCCUCUUCUGGUGAAGCCACAGACGGUACCGCAAGGCCAACAGGAACCGCUGCUAAAGAACCUGUUGGCGUUGAUGGUGCCGUCCGCGAUGAUCAAGAGCGCCGAGCGAACAAAAUAGAACGACGCUUCGAGCGAUUGUCGUCCGAAGUCGAACCGGAAGCGAUGCUGGACAAAAAUCACGAAUAUGACGAAGCCAUUGCCCAAAUCAAAGAUGAAGUUUCAAUGCUGCAGAGUGAAUUUUCGAAAAUGAGCUGGGACGAGAGCAUGUCCGCUACGACCGGUGAUUUCGGUUCCAGUACUCCCGAUAACGAUCUACAAGAAACAGAUACGCAACCACAAACAGAAAUUACCAUUCCAAAGCCAACGCCGCGAUCGCAAUCUAAUCUUACUGCUGAAGCUGAUGCCUCUGCUGCAACCACUAGUGUCACUACUACCACCACCACUACAGCUGCUACUAGCUCUGCUGCUGCUGUUGCCUCCUCGCUAACAACAUCCGCUCUUGCUAUCAAGCCCACGGAAGAAGCUUCCACCGUGGAAACCGCUCCCGACCAUGACAAGCUGACCGCCGUCUUAUCUGGAGAUGGAAGCGAAUUCUCCAGCAGUCAAGAACCGCUUCCAGUUCCACGGCCCCGUACUAGCAUCUCGUCGCGAACCGAUACUCAGACACGAUCCAGCAUAAUCGAGUCCUUCGAUCAACCGGAAGACUCGAUCGAGCAGUAUCCCGAACCAUCCAGUCAACGGCAGGAAUCGAUUGCCUCCGAAGACUUCUCCGGAGCAGCUCAGAAAGACUCCGUAGAAUUUGAAACCAGUGACGAUGAACUAUCGGGAACCAAGUUUUACAUUGGCGAACGAAGUUCUGACGUUAUCACUCGCACUUCUUCCGAAAAACGUUCUGACUAUGCAUUCGAUAACAUCGGUUACGAAUACUCGCAAGACUCCGGUGCAGAUGAUGAACCUCAACUCGAUCAAUUUAAGGCCUAUCGCGAAAAAGUUGCCCAAGAAGAUUCAUUCACACUCAAACAACUGCAAGAAGUUGAAAGCGGAACUGCUCUAGAUGAAGAAAUCAAAGCCGAAGUCAUAGAGGUUAUCGAAGGUAUCGCCGAACCCAAAACCUUCGAACUCGAUCUUGAGCGACCCAUUGAUGCUCCACGGCAACCCGUAGUACACUCACCAAUCAAACCACAGGUCGCUAAACUUGUCGAAAGCGCUAAGUCUCCAGCACAAAGAUCAACCGAUACUGAAGAACUUCCGCAACAAGACGACCUCACCUCAUCCGAGGCCAUCAAACGCACAAUCGAUGAACUAACCAUCGAAAAGACCCUCGAGGAGGUCAAAGAAUCUCUCGAUGCCGUACACGAAGAACUGAUUGAAUCCGUAGUUGACGGAAAACUGAUCAAACAAUCACCAUCCGAGUUUGAAUUCAAGGUUCUACCUUCGUCAAAGUACUCUCAAGAUCCAAUCUACGAAGCUCAACAGGAAGAAGUAAUCGCUACCACAACUUCCACCACAGCAAUUCUUGCCGAAACGGUUACCACAACCACCAUCAUUUCGGAACCGAUUAUCCUAACCGCAACCAAAACAGAUUCCUUCGAGCAAAAAGUAUCCGAUCCGGAAUCCAAAGAAACAUCUUUUGAAUCCGCUCGGCCAGAUGCUCCAACCCCGAUUUCGUCGGACAGUUCGUUCGCCAAGCUGGAUGUUUCCCCGCGGAUGCGCAAGUCUCCACAUCAUCCCAAAGGCACCCGCUGGUCUGCAACCGACAUCGAUAGCUCCGGCGAAAGCCAGUACCAAAGCUUCGAGCAAACCACGGACAGCAGUCGCCCGCAAUCGUCCGAUGUUGACAACCUGAUGCAGCAAUACGCGUCAUCCGAGUAUGAAACCGCCCUAGAUGCUUCGAUCAUUCCACCAUCGACCGAGUAUCUCAGUGCGGCUAGCACCCUCAAUUCGUUCAACGUGACCUCACAUGACAGCAUGAAAAGCUUUGACUCGGAAAGUUCCGGAAACCUGGCAAGUAUCGAGUCCGAGGCCACCGAAACCCUAGUCCCGUCCACAAUGGACAUUGAUUUCGACUCGUCGGAUGCUGCCGCACUUAUGCACGACGACUCCGAGGACGACCUUCGCGAUAAACUGCUCUUGGACGACAAAGAAGAACUGUCGUCCGUAUCUGGGACCAUUCCAGUUGCCAUGAAGCGUUCACAAGAAAUGCACUUCACCGUUGACUUGAAGGACGAUGAACAGAUGCAAGAUUCACAAGAAGUUUUCCAACUACAAGAAGACGUCGAACGUCUAGCGCAGGAACAAUCGGAAAGACUGAGCUCCAGCAUAGGAAACGCGCUGGAUUUGAUGGAGUCUAUGAAAGCGUCAAGUUUGGAAGACGUCAAAACAGAGUGCAUUGACGAUAUCAAGCUCGGAACGAGUCUGGAAGAUGGUAGUAUCCUAUCGAUCAGUCUGUCCAGUGCUUCAAACUUGGAAACAAUCAUGGAAAAUCUCCCGGAUAAGGGAGCUGAAAGUCUUCCGACGCAUAUGGAAAUUGGACUGGAUGCCAUAACGCCAAUUGUUGGCACGGAAAUGAUUGGCGACAUUACGUUAACGUCCACGGUGGUUCGAGAAGGUGACAUAAACUUCCUGAACACUCAAGCUACAACGGAAACGGUGGUGGUCAAGGAGGUGACCGAGGAAACUUCAAAGAAACGCGGCCAUAAACGUACGGAAAGUACCAUCUCCGGUCAGCUGAUGUCGGAGAUUGCAGCAGAAGCACGAGAAUCGCUAGAUUCUCAAGAAGAAUCAGUUUCACAGGAACCGUCCAAGCAGUCGAGCUUGGAACGUGACGACACUAGAGAAGAGUCUUCGGACUCCGAUUACGACCGGUACGAAUCGGAAUACUCGCGGUCAUUCCGCGCACCGUUGAUCCAAUCGCAGAAAAAGAAAAAGGACAAGAUCAACGAAGGGUACGAAAUGGAGGUGGAACACGACCGACGUAACUCGUUCUCGCCUUCCAGUUCUGUUAUCGAAACGAUUGUGGAGGAUGUUCAUGCAGAGAUCGAGCAGGAAGACGAAGUGCAGCAAUUGAUGGAAAUCAAGAAGGAACAGCUACAGGAGUAUCAGCAAACCUCCGCGUCGAGUAUUCCGGAUAUUCAGGUAACGGACGACGUCCAGGUGACAGAGCAGGAGGAAGCAGAAGGAGGCACAUCGUACUCUUCUAAGCCGAUGGUAAGGGAGUCUAGCGACCACAAGAUUCAGUACGCUACGCAAGAGGAGUUGAAGAUUAGUGAGGAGCAGUAUCAAGAGAUGCUCGAGCAAAAGUACAAGUCAAAGAUGGCUGACAUAACGACCAAGUUCGAUUUCGAAGGAGACGAUAAGGAUGAUUCAGCUGGAUCGGAUUCUUUUGAAAUGUUGGAACAGCCGGAUAUUUCGGACGAGUUUGUGAUUGUGGAAGAAGUGGCCCGUGAAGCACACGAGUGCGACAUGGAAGGGAAGAGCGUGUCCAUCAAGAAGGUUAAGAUGGAGAGAAAGCACGACGAAGACGUGGAAAAGAUGCUGGUGAAAUCAGCUCCGGCGCAUACAAAUGCAGGUUCAAUGUAUGCAAACAUGCGUGAGGAUAUGAUGUAUGCGUUUGAGGAUAGUCCGCCAACGGGCAGUGAAGAAGUUGAUCCAAAUGGGGUGACUAUGGAUCUGUUGAAUAAUGGAUUCCCGCUAGAGGAGAGCAAGCGCUGGGUAGAGAUGCAACUGGCUGAAACACAGAACUACCGUUAUCCAUACGACGAACGCUUGGAAGACAUCAAGGAAGAGGAUACGGACUUUGAAGUCGGUAGUAGCCGAAUCGGAAGCAUCAAGGAUUCAUUCUCCAGCACACCGGACUACGACAUGCUGGCGAAGCGACUAGCUUCGCGAGGAGGAGAACAUGACGACAUUUCAAUGAGCAGUCUGCAAGAAUUUGAAAAUUUGGAACACGUAAUCUCACUGGAGAAUCGAAAGAUGCAACAAGGCUCUCAGGAUUCAUUGAGCAAUGGAAGCUUCACACGACGUUUCUUAGCCCGUGGAGGACAUGGAGACGACAUCAGUCUAUCCAGUUUGAAGGAGUUUGAAGGACUAGAGACAGCGUGCUUGGAAGCGCAUCUGAUAGAAAUCAAGGCCAAAGAAGAAGCAGCUCUGUUGCUGUCUCGUUCGGACGAAUCUAACAAGUCGGACAGAUCGAAUGGGGCAAAGAAAAGUCCGCCAACGAAUGGAACAGUGGUAAGGGCAACUACCAGCAGCACAACAGUCACAGCUGGACCGGAAACAUCCACCCGGGUUGAGGUGAAAACAGUGACGACGGAAAUGAGUAAGGAUUCAUUGUCCACAACAACUACUGCAACAACUGUUACUACAAUUUCUCAUGAAAGUCAAGUCAGACAUGCUAUGGAAGAGGAAGAUACGUCACAUCUGUUGACGGUGUCCAGCGAUAGCUUGGACAUCAAUCGGCUACAGAGAGAACCAGUCAGCAAGGACACUCUUCCUUCGGCACAUUCAAGUAGCGAUAGCUUGGAGAUUAACAACAAGAACAAUGUCGACGUUAUGACAAGCAGUAUUGAUUCAAUUGAGUUUUCCAGAGCAGGAGCACUAACUACGCGAUCUUCAAGAUCGGAUUCGAUAGAGCAGAUGGCGUUGCAACAACCACAGCGCAGUGACAGUACAGAUUCCAUCGAGAUGCACCAUGCCGUCAUGUCCAGGGCAAGUGAGACCAAACGUGACUCACUGGACUCUCUACCAUACAGUAUUGAGAACAAGAGCGCGUCCAGUAGCCCAACAAAACCGGCAACUGGACAACGUAUUACCAUGGAAAGUGUGCAGGUAGCGGGAACAAGCACAGUAAGCUACCUAGGAGGAAUGAGUAAGGACAUCUCCGUGGACUCGUUAACUGGACAGGAUGCAUUUCUGACCAGUACAGAGAGCCUGGAGACCAGCUCAACGGCAACGAACGCCACCUACCAGAACGAAACCGACUCGCAGAUGUCAUCAAGUGUGACAAGCUGCGGUUCGAUAACCAUGGUCGAUACGCUAGACAACAUCGGUGACCUGGAAGGCUUCGGGCUGCAGGAAAGUGUAACCUUCACGAGCAGCAGUGGCAGCAGCAGCACUAUGGUCACAGCAAGCUCUAGCAGUACUCAACAUCAACAACAGCAGCAGCAGUAUCAACAGCAAAUCACAACCCUUCGAAGCAGCACUUCAUCGGCCACGUCGACCAGCGGCGCCAGGAGCGAGUUUCCACUAUCGGAAAUCGAACUGUUAAGUAGACGAAUGUACCCAGGGGACUUGACAUUCGAUGACGCAAAGGAGUCCGCAAAGGAGAAACUACAAAGCAUGCUAUCCGGCUUGGUAUGA